AUGAAGAGCCUCUGUGGCAAGUACGGGGUGCAGGGCUUCCCAACAAUAAAGCUUUUCCCCUCUGACAAGCAGAAGAAUCCGUACACCAAGAAAAUCGACAAGACCCCAACAGACUACAACGGGCCAAGAAGCGCAAAAGCAAUUGCCGAUGCUGCGCUGGCUCUUCUGCCAGACACCUUCAUCACAGUACUGCGCAGCCAGGCGGACUUUGAUGCUUUUGUUGGCGCAAAUGACUUGCCAAAAGCCGUCCUGGCCAGCUCAAAAUCAAAGCCCACUCCAUUGUACAAGAGCCUCAGCGUUGCCUUCAAGCGGCGCAUGGCAUUUGCAGUGGUGAAAGACAACGCUGAAGCCAUUGAAAAGCUGGGUGUGACAAGCUUCCCCUCACUGGUUGUUAUGAGCGCUGACGGUGACAAAUUGGUCUAUGACGGUCCCUUCAAGGUUAGGGGGCUCGCUGAGUUUCUCAGCAAGCACGCUGCCGAGGCGCCCGCAAAGGAUGCAGACACUGCUCAGGGCAAGGCCAAGACGGACCCUGACACUGACGCCGAAGCUGAUGAUGGCAAAGACAAAGUUGUGCCUCAGGCAGUGCAGGACCUCACCUUUGAGGACCUGGACAAAAUCACCAAUGAAGAGGACCCAUGGCUGCUUGCCUUCUUCCAUGAUGAGAUGGGGGCCAAGUGCAGCACAGCCUUGAAGAAGUUCAACGAAGUCAUUGCAGAGCUGGGGCCGCUGAUCAAGGCUGGUCAGGUGAACAUUACCAGUGAGGAGGGUGCUGACAAGGCCAAAGCUUAUGGAGUCUCAGCUGACGAGCUGAAGACGUCAGACUGCAAGCUAGACAUUGUGCUGGCGAACUACGAUGAGAAGGGCGAUGCUGAGGACUGGCAGCACUUCACUGGUGAAAUCAGUGUCAAGGAUCUGCAGAAAUUUGCAUUGGAGGCGUUCCCGUCCUUUGUCACGCGCAUCACAGCCGCCACAAUGCAGCCUUUCCUGGGCCCUGACCCCACCGUCCCAUGUGUCAUCCUUUUCACUGACAAAGAUGCCACUCCGCCCGUCUUCGCGGCCCUCUCAGUCAACCUCCGCAAGUACAAGUACAAGUUUGCCGAUGCUCACAGCAGUGAUGCUGCGUUGAUGAGCCAGUUCAACAUCAAGAAGGUGCCGACCAUGGUCAUCACUCACCUGAAGCCAGGCACUGAGGAGGAGGCUGCCAAGGAGGGCAAGCUGGGACUGCAGCAGUACCCCGGCCCCCUGAAGGCUGCGCCUCCCGGCGGCGAAGGGGACGACAGCUUCAUGGACUCGAUCGGCGCAGCGCAGGCGGCCGCGGCGCCGAUCGAGGUGCCGCAGGCGGCCAGCAACGCGGAUCUGCGCACGCAGUGCGUGGAGCAGUCUGGCCUGUGCGUGCUGGCGCUGCUGGAUGCGGCUGACGCCAACCAUGAAAAGCAGCUGGGCGUUGUGAGGGAUGUGGGCGGCCGCUGGAAGAAGCAGCCGCUGCACUUUUCCUGGGGGCGCUUCUUGAGCGCCUUUGGGUUGUCCAAGUCUGACAUCCCCACAGUCGUGACGUUCAGCCCCAAGAAGCUCCGCGGCGCGCAGCUCAACGGCGCCUUCUCGGCGGAGGGUAUCCACAAACUGCUGGACGGCCUGUUCUCAGGGCGGAUACACUCUUCACCCUUCCAGGAGUUGCCUGAGCUUGUGGACGGGGGAGAGGAUGAGAGUCAGAUUGAGGAGCCCAUUGAGGAGGAGUUUGAUCUGGCUGACAUCCUGGGUGAAGAAGUCAGCAGCACUGGAUCGAAGGAGGAGCUGCUCAAGAAAGUAGAAGAGGAGCUGAAGGAAGAAGAGAGGAGGCAGGCUGAAGCUGCGGAGGCCAAGGCGGCAUCUGAGAAGAAGAAGGGAGGAAAGAAGAAGAAGAAAAAGAGAAUGUCCAAGGCAGCAAAGGAGGAGUUGUGAGCGCGGGUAUGCUCAUUUUGUAGAUUUGUGGCCCUGUAGAUGUAGACCUCGCUGGAAUCAUGCCAUGAUGAUGAGUGUGGUUGUUGAGGGUUUGACUGGGUCAUGUCCGUUCAUGCAAUGCAGAUGCAGGCUGUGG